AUGUCAGACACAACAUCCUCUCCUGAUUCUGGCCGCGGGUCCGAGAAAGGCUAUGGCAUUCAAAUCGCAUACCGUACAUUAUCGGGCUGCGUCGAAGAGAAACAGACGACCUCCAAAUCCCCGCCAGACCCAGCGGACACAAUUGGAAGCAUAGAUGCCCAUUUAUUGAGUGUCGACGAAGUGUAUAUCCGGUAUUCCACUCAUCCCACAGUCGGUUUGGAGCUUGCCGCUGUUCGUCGCAGGGAGCGUGAUGGCAAGAAUAUCAUUAGUCCUCCACCUACCGUCUACUGGAAGAAAAUGCUUGAUUAUAUUUUUGGUGGCUUCAAUUUUCUUAUGUGGAUCUCGUUCAUCUUGACUAUCCUCUCCUAUAAACCACUCGGGCCUCCUAUACCUCUCACUCUUGGUAUUGCCGUGCUAUUGAUAUUCGUCAUCGUCGUUUCUGCUACAUUCUAUGCUUUGAUCGAUUGGAACGCGAACAGAAUCAUGAAGUCGAUAAAAUCUCUAAUUGCACAUGAGGCUGCGGUCAUUAGGGACGGAAACCAGCAAAUAAUCAAAGCUGCUGACAUUGUAGUUGGUGAUGUUACUGUGCUCAACGCUGGCGAUCGUGUCCCGGCCGACAUGCGUGUCGUGCAGGCAUCGUCCGACCUUCGCUUUGAUCGCUCUCUCCUGACGGGUGAAAGUGCAACAUCCAACAAUGCUCUGGAGACUCGCAACCUCGCACUGACUUCCACUUUUGUCGUGCAAGGGACUUGCCAUGGAGUCGUGUUUGCCACGGGAGAUAGAACUGUCAUGGGACGCCUUGUCAAGAUGUCGGGAGAAACAAAGUUCAAGCUUACCACUAUCCAAAGAGAAGUGUGGUUUUUCACCAAAAUCAUUUCAUAUGUUGCACUCUUUUUCUUCUGCUCAUCGAUUCUUCUUUACGGCGUUUGGUUACGGACAUCGUAUCCUGGGUAUGACACCCCGUCUUCUGCAAUCGUAAAUUCAAUUGGCUGCUUGACUGCUUUCGUUCCCCAAGGCCUCCCGGUUUGCGUGGCACUCUCGUUAACUGUUGUUGCCCGUCGCAUGGCUAAACGUCAGGUGUUGGUCAAAAAUCUGGCGACCAUCGAGACGUUAGGAUGCAUGUCUGUGUUAUGUUCCGACAAGACAGGCACAUUGACUGCAGGAAAGAUGAUGGUAGGGAAUAUUGCCUUCCUUGAUGACGUAUUUGGUGUCGAGGAUGUUAACGAGAGGGUUACGAAGGCAUCAGACCCUACCAUCGCGAGGCUUUGCAACGGCGCGAAAUUUGAUGCGACGACUAAUCACCUUCCUGUGCAAGAUCGUACGGUCAAGGGCGAUCCGACUGAUACUGCUCUUUUGCGUUUCUCCGAGGCCCUUUCGAUACCGGAGCUUGGUGUGGAUGCCAGUACUCUUCAGCAAGAUUAUCAGAAGAAGUUUGAGAUCCCUUUCAAUUCCAGCAACAAGUGGAUGCUUUCCGUGGUCUCCAAGGUCAACAUUGCUGAAAAGAACGUAGAUUCGACAUGGAUGUUCAUCAAGGGAGCUCCUGAAGUCUUGUUCCCUUCCUGCAGCAGUGUGCUACAGAGUGAUGGGACGGUCGUCAAGUUAACAAGUAGGGCGAGGCAGACGUUCGCCACGCUUCAAGAGGACUGGUCAAGCCGAGGCCAACGAGUGCUUGUACUAUGUAGGAAACCCAUAGAAGAAAUCAAGACUGGACUUCCACCGAACGACGUGGAAGAUCUCAUGUACAUGGAGAUGUGCGAUUUAACCUUGGUUGGUCUAAUUGGAAUUUACGAUCCUCCUCGCCCGGAUGUAUCGCCGUCGAUUUCUAUCAUUCGACGAGCUGGUGUUCGAGUCUUUAUGGUCACUGGUGAUUUUAAGCUCACUGCUCUAGCUAUUGCACGCCAGGUCGGUAUCAUUACCCAGCACGUUGUUGACACCAUCCAGGAUGUCCGAGCUGCUGCAUCUGAGAAGGUCUCGCCGAAAGAUUAUUGUCUUUCCAAGCCAUCGGAUGAUGAUCCUAUCUGCUCCCUGGUACUCACAGGGGAAGACGUCGCAUCUCUCACCUCGUUUGAUUGGAAUGUCGUCGUUGGGGCCUAUACAGAGAUCGUAUUUGCGCGCACUACCCCUGACCAGAAAAUGCGAAUUGUGGAGGAGAUUAAAGCUCGCGGAGACAAUACAGUCGCAGUCACUGGAGAUGGUGUCAAUGAUGCGCCAGCACUCAAAGCCGCUGAUAUUGGUGUUGCGAUGGGUAGUGGCAGUGAUGUGGCAAAGGAAGCAGCCGUCUUGAUCUUGUUAAAUAAUGACUUUGCUUCCAUCCCCGUCGCGAUAGAGUUGGGUCGGCUAGUCUUUGAUAACCUGAAAAAAGUCACUUUGUAUCUCAUGCCUGGUGGAAGUUAUGCGCAAUUCAUGGCGAUCGUCGCAAACGUAUUACUAGGCAUGCAGUUACCCUUGAAUUCGUAUCAACAAACCUGCUAUUCCAUUACCAACGAUGUUAUCAUGUCCAUCUCGUUAAUGUAUGAGAAGCCGGAGUGGGACUUGAUGCAGCGCAAACCACGCAACGCCAGGACCGAUAGGCUUACGGGUUGGCGCUUUUUUCUCCAUAUCUACUUGUUCUAUGGACUGAUGCUGUGGCCCUGCGCGAUGGCGAUGUGGUUCUUGUACAUGAACCAGCAGGGCCUCAGUUUCUAUAAAGUCAUCUUGACUUUCAACCAAUGGGAAGAUGGCUGGCAGGGUUACACCCUCGCUCAACUGACCCAGUUCGUCAAUGUUGGUCAAGGCAUUUACUAUGUGACGGUGGCUAUCGGACAGUGCGGUACUCUUCUAGCAGUUUCCAACCGCCGAGUAUCGAUACUGCAUUCGAAUCCUCUAUGGGGCCCGCGUCGCAACCUGCUGGUACUUGUCGGCAUGAUAGGCACGAUAUUGAUCUGCAUCGUGAACCUCUAUGGAGCUGGCUUCCAGCGGGUGUUUGGCACGACGCCUAUCCCUGGGAUGUUCUGGGGUCUUCCGUUUACCUUCGCUUUGGGGAUUUUGCUCGUGGACGAAACUCGCAAAGCCAUCGUGAGGAAAUAUCCGAAGUCUUUCAUCGCGUGGCUGGCAUGGUGA